AUGAGCGGAGAGCCGUUGGGGGAGCCUCUCGGGCGUUUCUGGGUGAUUGCCUCAGAUUCCGAUGAUGAGGAUGACGUUUCCGGCGGAUCACCGCCGUCUCCCCUUUCGGCCAGGGCUUCGGCCUAUCUGUGCCGUUCGCCGGAGCCGGUCUCCUGUGAUCUGCCGUUCGAAUCAUCGACGGCUCUGAAGAAGAAGGAGCAGAAAAGAAGAUUGCAGCGGGAGAUGGCUGGGAUGGUACAAGGUAUGGAUUCAUCAGUUUUUACAUCUCCUUCUCGAUCUACAGGUUCAUCAACGCCAAAGAAGAAACUGCCGGUUCUGUCUCCGUCUACGUUUCUUCUUGAUUUCUUCGAUGCGGAGGAGUGGGUUCUCGUUCAACGCAAAUGGAGAAAGGUACGUCAAUCAUAUCGCUUAUGUGGGCGUCAUUUUGUAUCGCCUCGGGCGUUUUCGCCGGCGUUUCGCGGAUCUGCAUCAUCUCCGGCAUGUUCGCUGGAUGAUCAAGGUAAUUGGGCACGUUCUGCUGUUUCAAAAAAUACUUGUAUGGGCCAAUUGGGCUUGAACGCCCCGACGGAAUUGUUGCAUGAUCAACUGGGCUUGCUCUGCAGAUCCACUAAACCCAACGAAUUAAUCUCCUGUGUGAGAUUAACAGGGCGUUUACGAUCACGACUAGGUUUUAACAACAACCGUACGCCGCUGGCUCCCCUGGUUACGUCUUGUGCUUCUUCUGGGAUUGUCGCUGAAGCGAUGGCUCAUCGUGGCGGUGGCAUGAACAACCGAGGCAGAGGUUUUCCUGGAGGGGCUGGCCGGGGUUUUGAAGGCGGAGGUCGAUGGAACGGUGCUGCGGGUCGAGGUUUUGGCCAAGGCCGAGGGAGUAAUUUCUUUGAGGGAAGCUCCAGCGGCACUGCGGGUGAUGAUGAUGGUGCGCGUUCCGGCGCUGAUCUGCAAGGGAGCGGCUUUGAUGGUGUAUUCAGAGCGGGCUCUGGAAACCGAAACAGUGGUGGCGGCCAAGAUCGGUACAACUAUGCUCCCAAUUUCAAUCGCAGCAAUGAUCGCCGCAAUUUCAAUGGGCAAGGUAAUUACAAUAAUCGCCGGUUUAACAGUACAUAUGUUCCUAGAGAUGCCAAUUACAGAAAUAGUUCUACUGGAACAUAUGUGCAUGCAAGUGCUAAUGAUAUAGUACCAGAAGGGUUAUCGGCGGAGCAGACCAUGUUGGUCAAGGAGGCAGCGGCAGCUUUUGCAAAGCAGCUUGCAGAGUGGCAGCCAAAGGGUGGGCAGUCAACUGAAUCGGCUGUUCCACCAUCGACUGCAAGUCCGGCUAUACAGGACCCUGCGGCCCGGACUGAUGAUGCGGCUCGACGUCAUGGUUCUGGGCAGCGAGCAGAAACAGUUCUAUUGUCCGUGGCAGGUAUUUCUCAACAACAAGUGACACCUACUGCUCAUGAGGUGACUGGGGAUGCUCAGUUGGCAAAAAAGAAGAAAGGUUCUGGGUGUUUUCGCUGCGGCAAACCGGGACAUUGUUUAAAUGACUGCAACCAGAUUUGUGAUUGCUGCCAAAGCCCAGAUCAUAAAUCUAGGGAUUGCCCUUUACUCUCAGCACCUAAACCAGCUAUGGAGAUGUAUGGUCUUGCACAUGAGGACCUCAUGUUCUGGGAGUUUCCUUUAUCUGGUGUAGUUAGGCCGAGGUUGGAAAACACACGCAUGGGACGGGUUACAGUUUCAGGUGGGCAGCUCACAAUUCCAGAGAUCAUCACACAGUUGCAGUGGAUUGUUCCUGAAGACAAUUAUCAGUGGGAUGUGGCUAUGGUCGAGGAGAAUGUAUAUCGUGUGAACUUUCCUAGCAAGAUGGAUUUGGUGCGUGUUCAGCAUUUUGGAAGAUUCAAUAUACCAAACUCACAAGUUUUUAUGAACUUUGAUUUUUGGACAAGAACGGUGGAACCAUCUUGGAGAGCGGAGGAUGUUUGGGUCCGGGUACAUGACUUACCCAGCCCUGUGUUGGAUGAUUUUCUAGCUCUGUGGGCUCUUGGUACUUUAUUUGGGAAAACAAAAGAUAUUGAUAUGGCAUUCACUCGUGCAAAUGAUGUCUUGCGCAUCUCUAUCACAUGUCUUAACUCCAGUCUUAUACCCACUAGGAUGGAUGUUAGAGUGCAUGAAGAAUUUUAUAGACUUCGCUUUGAGGUGGAAGGUCUACAACCUAUAUUAGCUGCUGAUGUGCCUAUGGAUGAUGUCCCACAUGGGGAUGGGGAUAUGGAGCAUGAUGGCCCUGAGGAGCAUCAGCAAGAUGAUGUUAACCGGCCAGAUGAAAAGAAUGAUGGUGGAAAAGAUGCUAAUCAGAGUGGUAAGCAUACUACUGUACCUCAUAACAAUAUUGCAGUAUCUCCAAUUCAGUUUGGCAUGGCACCGGUGGUGCAUCAUUUUAUGGAAUCUCCGAAGGUUAUCAUUAGCCACUCAAUUUAUGAAUGUAUCAAGAAAUCACAAUGUGUGAAUCAGCUUGAUCUCUCCGUCAGCAAGGUGCAGUAUGAUUCAGUUCAGGGUGUUUUUUCGCCGUGUUUCACUGAAGUUUUGAUGCCUGAAGCUAUAGCUGAGAGCGAUGUGGCAUUGCCUGCUGAUGGGUUGGUGAUUUCGGCCCAGCCUGUCAUGCAUGGCUGUACGUCGAUCACUGCCAUGCAUGCAACGUCGAUAGGAGGAGAGGUUGCGGUACAUGCGGUCACGGAUGAUGCCUCGUUAGCGCAUGUAGAGAAGGGUGCAGGGGUACAAUCCAUUGAUGGUAAUAUGAUGAUUAGGGAGGAGCAACCGGUGAUGUCUCCCUCUGUAACUCCUGUUGGAGUUAACAAGGUCUUUGAGGAUUCUGCUUCAUAUGAUCACUCUAUGACAGAGGUGAUAAAUUUCGGGGGAAUUGCUAAUGAUUCAAUGAAGGGGCUACGAUCAAGUGCUAGGCUUAGAGCACAACCAAAUUCGGAUUAUACCCAAAUGGAGAGGGCAAUGAUGCUUGCCAACAAACGGGAUCAGCAACAAUCUCAAGGUAAUCCGACGUGCAACUCACUGGAUUCAGCAAUGGGCGCUGCUUCUACCGGAAGAUCAGCGGGAGAAUAUGGCUACUGGGUGCAACCGUCUGCUAACGGUUACUCAGGACUUGUUUUUCCAGGCUACUGGGUGGCGGCACACUAG